AUGCCAUUCACUGUCUCAACCGUCAACUACGACGACGCCGCGGAAGUUUCGAAGAACAACAUGAAGACCUUCUAUCACACCGAUACUCAUUGGCGCGCGCUCUGGAAGCCAACGCCUUUGAAUGAGAUCAUCGAGGGCGCCACGGCUCGUAUGCCCCAUAGACUCGCCGGCGGUAGGGAGAAGAAAAGACAUCAGAAAGCCGUUGAUGACGAUAAUGGUGAAGUUGUGGGCUACGCACGAUGGAUCUUACUCGGUGAUGAUGACCGCAUUUCUUGGCCCGAAGCAGCUGUUCGCGGACUCAAACAAGAUGAAGCUGAUGAGUUCAGGGCAGCCUUCCAGGCCAAUACCGAUGGCGGUUCUAUCAGUGAUAAGGAUGGAAAACUACAAGCUGCUCUUGGGCUUCCUCUUGAGGAGACUGAAAUUGCCGCAAUGCGAUCGCAGGAAGGCCCAUUUCUGGAGUUCGGAAUUGCAGAGCCGCACGAGAAAGCCUUCUUGAUGAAACAAUGGAGUUCGCCUCCACGACACUGGGCUUAG